GCCACACUGUGAGCAUUCAAAGCUGCGUGACAGGUAUUACUGGAACACCUCGUUGAUUUUCCGAGUUUAUUCUACGUACACUUCUUAAUGUUGCUCAAAUUACGAGGUAUAGCAAUAAUGUGGACCGUUUGUUAACAUAUUGGUUCGUACUUUCAGAUUUAAGUUUAUGAUAUUUACAUCAUAAACUGUACGAACUUUGGAAAGAUAAAGAUAGAACAGCCAUCGUCAUGGAUGAAGUGAUAGUUUUGCUACUUCUCUCUGUAACCAUGUUCAUGGGAUGUUACAUGGCAGGAGUUAUUCCACUUGUUGUUACAUUAUCAGGGGAUAAACUGCAGUUAGUUACAGUGCUUGGUGCAGGAAUGUUAGUUGGAACAGCAUUAUCAGUGAUUAUUCCAGAAGGUGUCAACAUGCUUUACUCGUCACAUUUAGCACUAAUACGUAAUCAGCUGCUAAGGGAACAGCAAAUUACAACUGACAAGGCUCAACUUUCAAGCAGUCUUGAGAAAGAACAUUCACUCCAUAUUCUAACAGAUAUUGGGGAGACUCAUUCUGUCAUUGGUGUUACUCUGGUUUUAGGUUUUAUAUUUAUGCUUUUAAUAGAUCAGAUUGGCUCAGCAUACACAAGAAUUUCAAAUUCAGAUGCAGAAGCAGGACCUAAAGAAGAUAGAUACAGAAUAACAGCCACACUUGGUCUAGUAGUACAUGCAGCAGCUGAUGGGAUAGCUCUUGGAGCAGCAGUUACUACCUCACAUACAGAUAUAGAAAUGAUUGUUUUCUUAGCAAUUAUGCUGCACAAGGCACCAGCAGCAUUUGGUCUUGUGACCUUUCUCUUGCAUGAAGGCUUGGAUAGGAACAGAAUAAGAAAACACCUUCUUAUAUUUGCUCUAGCUGCUCCACUGUUAGCUGUAAUUACAUACUUUAGUAUAAGUCAACUCUCAUUUCAGAUAGUAAGGGAGAUAACAAUAUGGUUAGAUUGGAAUGUUCCACCAUUGGACCUGGCUGGAAAGUCAACCAUCAGAAGCAUAAGUGACCUUCACACCCCCUAUGAAAAGUGGAGCUUCGAAUGUUCAUUAACUAAGAAUUUCAUAAUGGUUGCUAGUUUCGUUAAAGGUGCAAAUUUUCGUAUUAAAUGUUACAACUUAGUCAGAGUUGUUUCUUUAUUUUUCUUAACUAUAAUUUGGGAUUAAUGUCAUUUAACAGUUGCUGAGUAAUCACAGGUGUUCACGUGUUUAUUUCUUUGGGUGCACCUUUUCUUGCCACGUAGAAACCGAUGCUGCACUCUAUGUACAUAGUUUCGUGUUUCUAGAUGCCACAUUGUUUGAAUAAUGUCAAGCAACCGAUUGACCAAAUAUCGUCACUGGAAUGUUUCACUCGAAUACUUUUGUCUGAGGACUUAGUUUGUUU